CCAUGUUGGUAGCCGCACAGGGUUUUCCUCCGUCAGAGAGCAAAGAAGCAAGCUGCGAAGAUUAUUCUGUUGCGCUCCAAAUAGGGGACGGGUCACAGCUGUAUUGUAUAUUCAGUCUACACGCAUAUAUAUAUAGUCAGGUCCCGUAUUGGAGGCGGAGAUGAAAUAGCCUAGACAAAACGAGGACUUCAACACGCCCAAAGCAAUCGAUCAAUGCGCAUCGCCACUCACGGGAGAAGACUCACAACGGGUACCAGAAAACGGUCUCAUACUACCCCGAGACGGUUGAUUGUGAGAGUGAGAGACACACACCGAAGAGAAGAGGAGAAGAAAAGAGAGAAAAAGGACUACAGAAGAAAAUUGGACUGGAGCAACCACCAAGAAGGAUUUAAGACAUUUUGAAUAACCCCCAAGAAGUUGUUCUAUACAUUUUUAUAACGUUCCUCUGUUUUUUCCUCCUCGUUUGAAUUGAGAACCAUUUACUAAGGAGUGACAGUGACGUUUCCUGUUGUAUUCAUUCUCCUCUUUGUGGUUUACAGUAACAGUUUACUGUAAUUUUGGACCCCUAUGUUGGUUUGGACGAAAGCACACCUGUGACUUUUCUCACAUUCUUGAUUUGGAGCAACUGAGUGUGAGAGGUGUGAAAGCCAGCGGGAGGGAAGGGGAAUUUUGGCUAUUUGUGUCUUUCUCUUUCUCUUUUGUCUUCUCACCUAUCGUUCCAUUUGUGGGUUUAAGAGGAAGAGGAAAAAGGGUUUACAACUGGGUAUCAGUGACAUUCCAUUCUGGUUUCACCCGAGCACAAGUACUCCCGUGUGUGAGUGUGUUUGUGUUCGUGUGUGUGAGGCAAGCUUCCUGACGGUGAUAUAAGACUAAUCAGAGCGGAAAAGGAAAGACGCUACCGUGUGUCACUUUCUGGGAAAAUGGGAUCGGAAAAGGACUCGGAAUCCCCCCACUCCUCGGUGAGCGGCAUUCCCAACCCCAAAUGCCGGGCACCGAGAAAACGCCAAGGACGCAUCUCCUUCCACAGCCUCUUCCACAGCAAACGGGGUUCCCGGAGCGCCAAAGCAGGGGCAGCCACCCCUUUAUCCCAGCUCCACAACCAACAGCAUCAACAACAGCAACUUGCCCCCCUUGUUCCCCCUGUAGUCCCUUCCACACCCGACCCAGCCCCUACCAACACCGCCACGGACCUUCCCCAGGGCCCAGCCACCGCUCAGACCUCCACCCCAGCAGAGCCCCUCUCUUCCAGCCGGACCUCCCUGGGUCCCCCCCAGUCCUCCAGCUCCACCACCUCCAGCUCCUCUCCUCCAGCAGACUUCCUGGAGUGCCCCCUGUGCCUGGUGCCCCAGCCCCCCGAACAGCUCCCCGAGCUGCUGGGCUGCAGCCACCGCUCCUGCCUGUGCUGCCUGCGCCAGUACCUGCGCAUCGAGAUCACGGAGAGCCGCGUCCAUCUCAGCUGCCCCGAGUGCUCGGAGCGCCUGGCGCCUCAUCAGGUGGCGGACAUCUUGGGCGACGCAGCCCUGCUGGAGAAGUAUGAGGAGUUCCUGCUGCGACGCUGCCUGGCCUCCGACCCGGACUGCCGCUGGUGUCCCGCGCCCGACUGCGGGUUUGCAGUGAUCGCUUCGGGCUGUGCCAGCUGCCCCAGGCUGGUGUGUCGUAGAGAGGGCUGCUUGGCUGAGUUCUGUUACCACUGCAAGCAGGCGUGGCACCCCAACCAGACCUGUGACUCGGCCCGCCAGCAAAGGGCAUUCUUCCUGCACCCGCAUAGCAACCACUCACCCAGCUACAUGCAGGAGCACGGGCCUGCUGAUGACAUCAAGCCCUGCCCACGAUGUGGCGCCUACAUAAUCAAGAUGAACGACGGCAGCUGUAACCACAUGACCUGUGCAGUGUGUGGUUGUGAGUUCUGCUGGCUCUGCAUGAAGGAGAUCUCUGACCUGCACUACCUCAGUCCAUCAGGGUGUACGUUCUGGGGAAAGAAGCCGUGGACUCGUAAGAAGAAGAUCCUGUGGCAGCUGGGCACACUGAUCGGAGCCCCAGUGGGCAUCACCCUCAUCGCUGGUAUCGCUGUGCCUGCCAUGGUCAUUGGCCUCCCCGUCUAUGUGGGGCGCAAGAUUCACGCCCAUUAUGACGGGAUGAAGACCAAUCGCCACAGGAGGAACCUGGCCAUCACAGGGGGAGUGGCCCUGUCAAUCGUCACAGCUCCUGUGAUUGCAGCCGUCAGCGUGGGUAUUGGUGUGCCCAUCAUGUUGGCGUAUGUCUAUGGAGUUGUGCCCAUCUCUCUGUGCCGCGGAGGAGGCUGUGGCGUCAGCCGAGGAAAGGGGCGUGGCAUGCGGAUCGACUUUGACGAGGACGAUGGCCCUAUCACAGUGGCUGAUGCUUGGCGGGCCCUCAAGUCCCCCAGCCUGGGUGAGAGCAGCCUGGAGGGGGCAGCCAGUGGCCUCAGCACCACCUCCCCCAGCGAUGGUCUCUCUGUGGCCCCUGGGGUCCUGGGGGACACCCCCCACUUUAACACUUUGGCCGGGGGCGCCCUUGGAGCCAGGACUGGCAAAUACAACAGGUUGGAGCUCCAGGGAGGGGAGUUGGGGAAGGAUGGUGCCCAGAGAGAGACAGGUAGUCUGGGAGCGGGUAGUGACUGUGCCAGCACUCGGGGCAUGGCAGGCUCCAUUAUCUCCUCCUACACACUACCUGACAGGGACUGUAAUAACCUGGAGAUCCAGGUGGACAUCGAGACUAAACCCAGCCACCUCUGCUUGACCAGUGAGGAAGACCUAAACACGCCCCCUGCUGCUAUGGCAGCAUGCCCUGGUUCAGGGGGGGAGGAGCCUCAGGACUGCAGCUCCAGAAGGGGCGGGGCUCUGUUUGGCUCAGGACUAGGCCUGUCUCCAGGGGCGUCGCUCAGGGAGGGGCUUCGCGAUGUCACUUUGGCCCAGCCCGAGAGCAUCCGCAGCGACCUGGAGAUGUCCGAUACCCAAUCAGACGACAUCGCCGAGCUGACGUCAGACGACUGUGAUUCGCCUCAUCUCAAAAGCUGCCGGCCCUCUCAACCCCAGGCCACCUGCAGACCCCUUGUCACCUCCGACAGCCUGCACUGUCCCCCGGAUAACGUCAUCCUCUAUGUUUAAGAGUCCGACUGUCUUUGAGAGCUCUCUAAGAUUGCACAAAUCCAAAAUGUUUUUGUUUUAGCUUUUCUCCAUUGAUUGAUUGAGCGUUUCAGUCAUUUUUUUUGCUGCUUUUUUUGUUUACAAAACAUCUGACCUGCAGACAGCACCUAUCUACACGUGUCUGUCUUCUAUCAACAUGUCGAUCUCCUUGCAGAGAAUUGGCAGGGUUCUACCUCUCUGAGAUUUAAUACAACAAUUUUUGUUUACUUCUUGGUGCAAAAAUGCCUUGGCUACUUAAGCAAACUUUUUUUUUUAAACAAGACGUACAAAUUUGCCACAAGAAAUACUGCAAAAAAAAAAGGAAACAAGGUGAAA